UCAGUACCCCGCACUCGGCGUCGUUUGCGCCAGGAAUAAUCCCGCAAACAAGCCCCAUUAAACGGAUUUUCACUCUACUUUGCGCUGUUCGAUAUAUCAAUUUAGCCAUUUUGUAAAAAUACAACUUCCGUGCGUAAAUUACGCACAGACCGAAUGGCUUCAUAAAGAGUUUCUUUAUAUUAUUACUCGUACCUGAAGGCAUCCUCUGCAGGUAUGUUUUCACUUUUUUACGGUUUUGUAAUGUUUUAUGCGCUGGGCUACCGGCAGCUCGCGGGCGGCCAAGCGGACGACGGUAAGCGCUACAUUUGCCGAGCAGUGCCCCUCGUCGGCGACGCAAGCUGCCCGGUGACCUUAUUACCCGAAAUCAACGCCGGUGGGCAGGAAGAGGAGCUCCGCAACACGGUCAUGCAGCUUCGAGAGACAAUUCUCCAGCAGAAAGAAACACUUUCCAAGCAAAUCGGCACAAUCAACGAGCUAACAACCAAGCUGUCCCUCUGCGCAACAACUACUGAUGAUAGAAAGUACGAGAAAGGAGCUCAAUGGGGAAAAGUGAAGCAAAACACAAUGGGAGACGUCCCCAGAGAUCCAAACGACACUGUGGAGAAUCUCGGGAGAACAAUGCAGGGGCUCAAGGACCGGCUGGAGAACCUGGAGCAACAGCAAAUGCGGGCCAACAUAUCCGGCGCCUCGUUCCCCAGCGAGCUGCGUGAUUUACUGCAGCGUCGCCUGAUCGAGCUGGAAAAACAGCUCCUGAGGAAAGUCAGCAACCUGGAGGAGGAGAAGAGCAUGUUGUCCAACGCUACCGCAGCGUACCGACUCAAGACGGAAAGUACGCUCAACGCGCUGGUGGAGAGGAUAAGUGAGCUGGAGAAAGGAGGUGAAGAUUUCAAAACCCCCGAGCAGUUCAAGAUCUCCCUGCCGCAGCGUACAAACUACUUAUAUGGCCGCAUCAUCAAGAGUCUCCCGGAGAUGUACGCAUUCACACUCUGCAUGUGGAUCAAGUCCAGCGCCACUCCGGGUAUCGGAACCCCCUUCUCCUACGGCGUGCCCGGACAAGCCAAUGAGAUCGUAUUGAUCGAAUGGGGAAAUAACCCGAUUGAGUUGCUAAUCAAUGACAAGGUUGCACAGCUGCCCUUGGAAGUUCGUGACGGGAGGUGGCACCAUAUUUGCAUCUCCUGGACCACCAGGGAUGGUCAGUGGGAAGCUUAUCAAGAUGGAGAGAAGCAAGGAGCAGGAGAUAACCUGGCAGCAUGGCACCCUAUUAAACCAGGAGGGGUUAUCAUCCUGGGUCAAGAGCAGGAUGUCGUAGGUGGCCGCUUUGAUGCCGGUCAGGCCUUCGUGGGAGAACUGAGUCAAGUCAAUAUCUGGGACCGGGUUCUGAAGCCAGCCGAAAUCCAAUCAAUGGCCAACUGCACGUCGUACUUGCCGGGUAACGUGAUCUCGUGGCUGGCGAGCAAUGUGGAGGUGUUUGGAAGGGGAGCCUUCAAGAGGCCCUUGGAGAUGUGUCUGGAGCGUCUGCCUAAUACCUAAGCAAUUAGCAUCUGCCUUGUUUUUGCUAAUUAGCUGCUAUUUCAUCACAUCUUUUAUGAUUACUGUCAGACAGUUUGCGAAAAAAACAUUAUAAGUGAUCCACAUAGCGCUGAAUGUGUAAAUUAGGUUUCUCUGUUUCUAUUUUUUACUACCUGGUGUCAAAUCUAUUAUAACUUUGCCACCUUGAGAGACUUUGAGGUGAUGCAUCCCAGACGCAGAAGACCCGGAAUGGCGUUCACAUGUGAGCUGCUGUUGCGUGCCGUUGGGGAGAAAGUAGGAGAGAAGAUUAACUCCAAGGUCCGGCUCAUGUUAUGUCUGUUGCUUAACGGGAAAAUCGGCUUGGAGCCAAAAUCACUCACAUGUUGUAUCCUUGAUUCAUCACCGUGCUUUUUUUUUUUCUUUCCUCUCCUUGCCUUGUCCAUAUGAACAAAAACCUGUUUUGUAUUGAUGGCAUGAUUUGAUUGUAAACAUUUUUGUAUUUAUUUUAUUGUGUAUAGUUACAGCGUUAUUCAUCAUUGUUGGCACUGUUCUAACUAAGAAUGUCUACUUUGUAAUUUGUGGUAUGUAUAGUGGUUUACAAUGUGCUGCAAUGCUUUUGUGUUUAUAUUUACGUGGCCUUGAUAGGGAUUGAAGUGCCAAAAAAAAAAAAAGUGGUUUUAUAUGUCUGAAAAUGCCAUUAAAUAAAAAGAGGU